CCACAUUUCGAGGCAUGAGCGUAAACGUGCAGCCGACCGCGAACAAAGGCAUAUACUCUUGGCCGCACCAGGACGAGCAGACGAUGCAAGCAAAUAUUGCAACCAUUUCAGCUGCACGCGCACGAGCAGCAGCAGAUAUGGCCGCUUUGGCAGCCACAGCGACGGCAAACAUUGCGAAUAAUAAGCAAAAUAACAACAACAACUACAAUGGCAUUAUGAAAAUCCAAAAGCAUCCGCCAAGCGAACAAUAUGCAACAAAUGCCGCGAAUUACAGGACGAAGCCACGCAACAAAAGCGACGAGGCUAUCAACGAUCUGCUGCAGCGUAUACCGGACAUUGGGAAAAUAUUUGAUGUGCAGAGUCGAAUUGGCAAUGGAACCUUCAGCACUGUGCUUCUGGCCACACUCAAGCGGGAAGCAAAGCUGCCGGAAAAUAUGCGGCGCAAGUUUGCUAUCAAGCAUCACAUACCCACCAGCCAUCCGGAUCGCAUUAUGAAGGAGCUGCAGUGCAUGACAGACAUGGGAGGCACCGACAAUGUCGUUGGCAUCAACUGCUGCUUGCGCUGUGAUGCAUCGGCGGCCUUCGUGAUGCCCUACAUGCCGCACGAUCGCUUCCACGACUUCUACACAAAAAUGGAUGUGCCGGAGAUUCGCCUGUAUAUGCGUAAUCUGUUGUUGGCCCUGCGCCAUGUACACAAGUUCAACGUCAUCCAUCGCGAUGUGAAGCCCAGUAAUUUUCUGUACAAUCGUCGCAAGGGCCAGUUUCUACUCGUUGACUUUGGGCUGGCACAGCAUGUCAAUGUCCCUGCCGGCCAUGCGCCCCAACAACAACAGCAGCAGCGGCAGUACCCGGCGCAGCAGCAGCAGCAGCUGACAGGCAACAGCAAGCGUCCGCGCGAGCGUGAGCCACAUCCACAGCGUCAACAGCUGCAGCAGCAGCAACAGCUCUCACCAGCUUCCCCAGAGGCUACAGCCGGUGGUGGCGUCAAGCGCAUGCGCCUGAUUGAGGAAUCGAACGCCAGCACCUGGAACAAGAUGCCACUCAAGCCGGUCAACGAGAUAGCGCAGAGCGCCAAGGCUGCCGGAGAACUGAUGCUCAACGAUGGCAAACAGAGUUUGCCAGAGGGGAGUGGAGCGGCAGCACCAGUUGUAUCACCCACCCACAGCACCAUACAGCCACAACAGGGGCCAGCUGCCCAGCCGCAGCUGGUGCAGCAGGAGCCGCCAGUUGCUCCCGCUAGCACCGCCACUGGGACCAAGUACAAUACAAAUCGCGCGGCUGGCGGCGGCAAUAAUUUGAAAUGCUGUUGCUUUGCGAACCCCUCCGUUUGCAUCAAUUGCCUUACCAAGAAGGAAGUGCACGCCUCGCGUGCCGGCACUCCGGGCUACCGUCCGCCGGAGGUGCUGCUCAAGUAUGCGGAUCAGACGACAGCUGUGGAUGUCUGGGCGGCGGGCGUCAUCUUUCUCUCCAUACUGUCUGCCGUUUAUCCGUUCUUCAAGGCGCCCAACGAUUUUGUUGCCCUGGCCGAGAUUGUGACCAUCUUCGGGGAUCGGGCCAUACGCAAGACGGCGCUGGCACUGGAUCGCAUGGUCACCCUCAGCCAGCGAUCGAAGCCAUUGAACCUCCGCAAGCUCUGCCUGCGUUUCCGCAAUCGUUUGAUCUUCAGCGACCAAGAGAUGGUGCGCAAACACGAGUCGCCUGACGGCCGGAUCGAAGUGUGCAAGAACUGUGAUCAAUAUUUCUUCAAUUGCCUCUGCGAAGAUUGCGUCUAUGUAACGGAGCCACUGGACCCAUACGAAUGCUUUCCAGCGAGCGCGUACGAUCUGCUGGGACGCUUGCUCGAAAUAAACCCCCACAAGCGUAUUACCGCCGAGCAGGCGCUCAAUCAUCCAUUCUUUACCAUGGAGCAUCAGACGCCUGAUCCGCCCGCACCAACUGUACGCCUUGUUCCUCCCGCUGCCGUUGCUCCUACCGCUGCCACAGCUGCACCAUCGGUCAAGGCAGCUGGCAAGCAACAGACGCGCAGGCGCGCUACCAAAAACGGGACGUCACAAAAUGUUGCGUCCAAUCCUGAGCAGCUGCAACCAACUCUACACAAACUGUGAAAACUAGUCGAAACA